UGUUGCGUCCUCUCUAAACGGAACAGGGCGGAGAGUGUGUCUUGGUGGGCGUUCGGGGCUGACAGUCUCUAGACACAGGCCUCACCGGACUCUGGAAGCUGUGACCUGGGAAAAACAAUGGUGUUCAGGAGGAACUAGAGAGGGCCCAGAGAGCCUAAGAAGUCAGGAAAGGGAGGCAGGGGCUGAGGUGGCUUCUCUUCCACCUGGGGCGCAGGCAGAACCGGGUGCAGGCUUCAUUUGCUCUGGGUGGCGUUCUUGGGAGUGGCCUGGGGAAGCCUGUGAGGGCCCCUGGAUGGGGAGAGGGAAAGAGAAAGGAGUGGAGCUUCACACUGGCAGCUUUUCCACUCUAGAACCUAGGCAGGUCCCAGCUUGACUGGCUUUGCCGGGUAGCGCCACCUGCACUGGAGGAGUGUUUUCCUGCCCAGCCCAGCUGAGGCCCAGAGAGGAGCUGAGGCAGUGAGAUGGCCGACUGCUAUACAGAGCUGGAGAAGGCACUUGUUGUCCUGGUAGAAAACUUUUAUAAAUAUGUAUCCAAGCACAGCCUGGUCAAGAACAAGAUCAGCAAGUCCAGUUUCCGAAAGAUGCUCCAGAAAGAGCUGAACCACAUGCUGACGGACACAGGGAACCGAAAGGCAGCUGACAAGCUCAUCCAGAACCUGGAUGCCAACCAUGACGGGCGCAUCUGCUUUGAUGAAUACUGGACCAUGAUUGGUGGCAUCACCAGCCCCAUGGCCAACCUCAUCCGUGAGCAGGAGUGCCAGCAGGAGUGCCAGCAGGAGAGCCAGCAGGAGAGCCAGCAGGAGAGCCAGCAGGAGCAGCAGGGCAGCAGCUAGAGGCCCCUCUCAGGACCCUUUUCAUGUCCUGACCCAUGUCCUGCCAGUGUUCUUCCCAUGCUUUUGACUCUUUCUUCCCUUCUCCCUCCAGACCUGUUCCUAUCCUAGCUGAACAGCACAAGGUGGGCGGGGGGCUAUCAAGGCCUCUUUGUGAGCAUCUCACUGUGGUAGUGCUUCCCUGAGCAUUCAGUCCCUGGAGCCGGUAGGCCCUGGGGGGGGUCCCCUUUGUGAAAUAUCGAUGCUGUUUGGGGGCCCCCAAGACUUUUCCCACUUGUCGAGUCUGUGUGCUCUUGCAGUGUCUGAUGCUCCUGUCUGAUUCUUGCCUGAUUCUGAGUUUGUCCUGACCUCUAGAGGUCAGCUUGCUGCUUGAGGUCUCCCAGCUUCUGGCUGUGGCAGCUGUGUUGGUAGCAGUACCAGAAUUAGCCUCUUCUCUUCCUUCCAAACUCAUAGCUGGGUAGAGAGGCAUUCCCAGGGGCUCCUGCCCAGCUGUCUCUGUCUGGGAAUGACCUAACCUGGGUUGAGCCCCCUCUCUGCUCUUCCACCGAAAUAAAUGCUGGAUUUGGAGUUUGUAA